UCCAUUUCGUUGGUUGGUUCCACUCUCCAAUUUUUUUGGAUCUCAAAUCCAAAACAAAACGGUUAUGGACUUUUCAACAGCAGGAGGACGCUGGGCAGUCGAAUGAAUGUCGCAGAAGUUGAAAUGUCAAUAAUGUUUUGGAUCGUUCGUUCUAAUAUAUGCCAAUGCACAGGUCACAGGUAGGAGGUCUUUUGUCAGUAAUACCUGCUCAUCCUUUUGAGCGUAAACAAUUUGAGACUUCACUUGGAUUGCUACAGACUUGUGAUUUGCUGAGUUGAAAAAGGGGAAAUGCCCAAGGCAACUUGGUCGCAGCACAAAACAUCGAUCCCUUGAAGUCCAUCAUACUCACUCCUCCAAGUUCAUAUUCUCCCAAUUUCACAAAGCUUUUUUUUUUCCAUUCAAAACCUAUAUAUAUAUAUAUUCAAAACCUAUCAUGGCGUAAUCAUUGAGCGUUUUUCAGCUAUACAUUGAUCCAAGAAAAAAAAUCCCCCAAAUGCAAAUGAAAGGCAAAGGCGCAGAACGGGUAUGAAGCGCGUUCAUGUUGAAGGCGUGAUUCAGAACCAACAAGAUUCGUGCACCUGCAUUUCCCGAACAUUCAGCUGCUGCUAUAGGAGGCAGAGAAUAUUCUCAUCUCCCUCCUGAAAUUAUCUCAACUUCCACAAGGUCUCCUUCCUCUUCCCUACGACCACUUACACAAUCCCGGAAUCCCCCGCCAAAAACCCAUAAGCUAUAAGGUUUACCAUGAUUAACUCCCUAUGCACCUCCAUUGAAUUCAUCCACCUAAAUUCUCCACCAUUCUCCCACUACAGAUUCCCCAAACCCCUUUUUCUCAUUCCGCAAUUCGCCCCCCAAAUACCCCCAAAACCCCUCUCCCUAUCCGACCCCAAUUCAUCUGGUAAAUGGGCCAACAUCAGAGCCUGUGCAGCAGAAGCUGCAGCCGAGAGCGAAAUCGAUAUGGUGAGAACCAAAGAAGGCAUCUACACAGCUAAGCCUAAGAAAGUAGUGGUCUUAUGGGACUUAGAUAACAAGCCCCCUCGCGGGCCGCCGUACCAGGCGGCGAUGGCCUUAAAAAAAGUGGCCCAGCAUUUCGGCGACCUGGUUGAUAUCUCUGCUUACGCUAAUCGACACGCUUUCGUUCACUUGCCUCAAUGGGUUGUUGAAGAACGCCGAGAACGACGGCGUAUGGACAUUCUUGAGAGGAAAGGUGUUUCUACCCCUUCUGAACCCUAUAUUUGCUCUGUUUGCGGGAGAAAAUGUAAGACACAUUUGGAUUUAAAGAAGCAUUUUAGGCAGUUGCAUGAGAGGGAGAGGCAAAAGAAGCUGAACAGAAUGAGGUCAUUGAAAGGUAAGAAACGACAGCGUUUUAAAGAAAGGUUUGUUGAUGGCAAUGAGAAGUAUAAUGAAGCUGCAAGGACUUUGACUUCGCCGCAGGUUGGGUAUGGAUUAGCCUCCGAGCUUAGGCGAGCUGGGGUGUUUGUGAAAACGGUGGAGGAUAAGCCACAGGCUGCUGACUGGGCAUUGAAAAGGCAAAUGCAGCAUUCUAUGAGUAGAGGGAUUGAUUGGUUGCUUUUGGUUUCGGAUGAUUCAGAUUUUUCUGAGAUGUUGAGGAGGGCGAGGGCGGCCAAUUUGGGGACUGUUGUCAUUGGCGAUGGGUACAGAGCAUUAGGGAGGCAAGCGGAUUUAUGGGUGCCAUGGAAUGAUGUGGAGAAUGGGGAGAUUAAGGAGGACGAUUUGGUGUCGCAGAUAAAGAGGAGGAGGGAAUCUGGAGGGAGGAGGACUGGGAGGUUUUCAGUCAGUGAGUUUGAGGGGGGAUUAAACGGGGAGGGGAGUGUAGACAGCUUGAUGGAUCAGCUUGUUGGGACAACGGGAUUUGAUGGAAUGAGAAUUUCGGCAUUUUCUGAAGGGGAGGAGGAAGAGGAUGAGGACAGGGAAGAGGAACAGGACUGGCUGAGGGAGAAUCAAAGAGGUUAUGUUCAGAUUGGACUAAAAAAUUCUAUUGAUGACGAGGAUGAUCCUGAUGAGUACACUGAGGAGGAAGAUUAUGUUUUAGACAGUGAGGAGGAAGGGGUAGAAGAGGAUGGUUUGCAAUUCUGGUAAACUGUGCUUCUGUAAAUGGUUCGGUAGUGUGAGAUUUUUGGCAUGGCCUGAUAUGAGAUUAACGCUGAUUUGUCUGCUUCAUGCUAAGUAUCAAUCAAGGGAUAAUAAUGGGAACAAGAGUUAAUUCCUAACUGCACAUGGAAUUAGCUGCUCGGAUUCUUGAUUUGCCAGACAAUUUUGUUGAACUUAUCAGGUCAUUUUCUGUUCUUGCUCGGGGAUAUUUAACUGCAUUUUCCAAUGCUAUGUGUUUAAGACAGGACACCAACCUUAUACAUGACCGUAUCCUGAAGAAAUUUCCAUGCCAACAAAAUCUUCGAUGGCUAGAUGCGGUUGCUUUGGUGCCAACGCAGGUCUACACGGCUGCCUUAAUUCAUAUUCGCAUUAAAUAUCUUACCAGUUUGGACCAUUGAAUUUGGAGGCUGUGUAAGUAAGGAAAGUAAUUCUUUUAUACCACCUCUUUGAAAAGGAUGCUUCUAAAGUAACUGGCUUUUGAACUCCUUGCUUGUAGUUGCGUGUCUGAAUGCCGGAAUUGCUUUUCUUCUGUCCAGACUACUGAUUUUGAGGCCACGCUGCUGAGAAAUUUUUUUUCAAUCAUUUGUCUGCAGUAACAACAACAGCAGCAGCAGCAAAAGAAGAAGAAGAAGAAGAAGAAGAAGAUUUGCCUAUUAGUAUUUGUGUAAUGGGAUAUUAAUGUAAUUGCACAGCCAACAUGGAGUACCAUACCACAUCGUAAAACUGUCGAGGAUAGCAGUAGGUCUCUUGUCAUGUUUUAAUAAUGCAGCAGGUUCCUACGCUUGGAGCUUCUGUAUCGACACACUUGCCAUAUAAGGAAGGAUGCAUCUUCGGCUGGUCCCCUUGUGGACUCCUGCUGAUGCUGAGCAUGGCCUAGUUGAAAGCAUGGCCCAUUUGCUGCCGUUGUCAAGUGCGUAAAAAGGCAUAAACAGAUUUUUGGAGGCCAAGAAAAGGAGGCUGACGGUUGAAAGAGCGCCAUCAUUCUCAAUAAUAAUAAUAUUAGCAGCCUGUAGUGUAGCAGCGGCUGUGGCUGCCCAUUGGCCGUAGCGUUAGAAUGGACCGACCCGUCGGCAGCCCCUAUUUUGCUUGCUGACGCAGGUGGCUUUAUCUCUAGUCAGGCUACAUCCCCAAGUUUCAGCUGUUUCUCCGUUCCUGUCACUUUGUUUUACUGGUCAUGUUGCGCUAUUCUCUUC